GUUGGUCGCGCCGUGUUCGUCAUCGCAGCGCAGCGGACCGUGGCGUCACAGUGUAUAGUAGCUAGCCUGGCCCAGUCCGCGCCGCCGCCGCGCGACCAUUCUCAUUCCCCGCCAGUCGCACGACGCACGAACUGUGUACCGCGCUCCACUCUAAAAUGUGUCCCGCGCCCACAGUGUGCUAAUCGCCAAGUGUCAGUGUUUGUGAUAAAUAUACCUACACAUUAAAAAACUUUGUUUACCCCAACCCGUUGAAGAUCCCAGAGGAUGAUGGCUCCCGAGACAGUAGUGACCGUAGACCACAACAAACCCACGCCGCAGCAAGCCCCGCAGCAGCAACAGGGCAAACCGCUGGACUGGAUCAAAGUUAACACAGAAUAUUUCAAAACGCCACCUGGCCUGCUGAAAAUCAUCGAACUGAUCCUCGGUAUACUUUGCAUGUCGCUGGCAUCCGCGUGGCUGUCGGCCUGGUUCGUGUUCGUGGCGGUGACCAGCUUUAUCACCACGGUCAUGUGGAGUAUCGUCUUCCUCCUCAGCGUCAGGGAGGCCCUAAGGAUCCCUAUUAACUGGGUGUUGUCGGAACUGAUUAGCACGUCCAUUGAGACGGUGUUCUACUUCAUCGCCUUCAUCGUGCUGUUCGCGGCCACGGCGGCCUACAAUACGAGUUUCUACAGCUACGGAGCCAACGUAGCCGCUGCUGUGUUCGGUCUGUUCAACACGGUGGCGUACGCCGGCAGCUCGUACCUGCUGUUCCAGGAGCACCGGAGCUCCACCAGCGCGGGCGCCGCGUGAGCCUCACUUUCUGCCUCCAAGUAAUAUACGAGCCGGCGACCACAAAGUGUUUCUAUUCGCAGUUACUCUCAACUGCGAGCUCACCUCUAUUUAUAAAUCUCAAAGUCGUAAUAUUAAGUGUUUUAUGAACCAAGUAACCUUCUGGAUAUUAAUAAAAUUAAUUAAUAUCAUCGGCACAUCGGCACCGGGAUAGUACACUCGGCUAAAAUUAAUACGAACAAAGAAUAAGUAGUUGAAGCUUGUUAAAGCUGGCUGGCGUCCAUUUGAGACUGCAUUGGUAAAGUUAAGUUUAGACUGUUUUAAUUGCCACCGAGUAGUAAAUAAUCGAUCAUAAAUGUGCAGUUUUUGUGAAACACUAUUCAGGCAUUACAUAUAAUUGCCGAUUGUAUUUAUUUCAAGCCAGUUUUACUUAUGUGCUAUUAUACGUUACUCAAAAUAUCGUUUUUGAUGGAACUGUAUUUUCAGUAACACUUUCUAUAAUAAAUAAACUUUUAUGGCCAUAUAUGUUUGUAUAGUAAGGGUAUACCUACUGGUUUCGAAUAAUGUGUUCCAAGGUACAUAGACACACAGCUGCAAUUUCUGCAGCUUAUAGUAUGUUGUACCUAUCGAUUUAAAAAAAUAAAAGGAUGUGUAUAACGCAAAUGUCUUGCUUAUUUGAAAUAAAAACUUAUUUAGCACUAAUCAUUUGACAUUAUCUAUGGAUAUAUAUAUAUAUAAAUAAUUAUGUACUCGCAAAAACACCUGUAAGUUAUUAAUUUAAGCUCUUUGACACUGCUGCUAGGAAACAUAUAGGUGUUUUUGCGAGUACGUAAUUAUUGAGAAAACUCUCCAUAAAAAAUUUAGCUAGGUAGUUCACAUUUUGAAAAAGUCCAUGGUACGGAAUAUUCGGAGAAUUUAAGAAGAUUUCAAAGUUUAAUUUACUUAUAGUAACUCCUGUCCUAUAAGUAAGUACUAGAACUACAGUUUUAUUUUUAGGUAAGUAGAUUUUUUUUUAAAUUAGGUUUGUUGACAUUUUGAAAUGAGAACGAAUCUACAUAACUGGAUAUGGAGAGUUUUUUGGGUUUUAAGAUCUUUUGAUGCGAAUGUUGUAUUACCUAAUUACUAUGUUGUUAAUCACAAUUGAAAACUGAAUGGUUUUUAUUCUUUUUAACUUAAUUCUCUGUACCUAUGUUAAAAAUUAUUAUUUUAUGGGGUUGUUAUUCAUAUUGUUAGUCCUAGUCUUUAUUAAAAACAAUAAAUAUUUACCUAUUUCAGCAAAUCUUUUAACAAAUAUUUGCUAUUGCAUUUUACCUAAUCACUCUUACAAUCAGUGGUACCUACUAGCUCGGUAUAGUUUACCAACGACAAUGCAACAAUGAAGACAUCUACUUAUCUUACCUAAGCCAUGGCAGAUCUUUUCCGUAGGUACUUACGGUAAUGUUUUGGAGCUGAAAUGUCUGAACGUUAUCGCCGAAUGUUUAAAGUUCACAUUCUGGUUGCGACUGCAGCGUUGCAGCUGAGGAAAAUGGGCGAUGACACUGUCAAUUUACUUUACAAUACCUACAAUAAUAAUUGUGUCAGUCAUUUUACUGUUUUAAAUUAAUACAGCACUUAAAGGGGAGUCACACGAUUACAUUAACUUUUAUUUUAACUGUUUGUUGUGAGUGUAUGCUUAUAAAUAUACAUAGCACAUAUUUAAAGUUUAAACUUUAGACUCUCGAAUAGGUGUACGUGAGAGGAAUAUAUUUAUAUCUUACUAAAUACCUACUUGCAAAUAAUAAUAACGUUCCUAUAACAUUUACAAUUCAGUUUUAACAAACCUCUUGAUUUUUUGUGGCUUAAUAUUGUUUCUUAAACGUACCAAACCUUAACUUGUUAACGUGGUAUCUUGUUGCUAAAUAUAUUUGAGACAGUAACUAUUUCUUGUAAGUAUUUAGAGCAAAGUUUUUCAUUAUAGAAAAUAUCGACUGGUGUAAAACGGUGGUCGAAAUAAGGUUAAGUGACUAGAAUCUAGAUCCGUUAGUUUUAUUAUUUGUAGGUACAAGUAAUCUACUUAUCGCAGAUGUUAAUUUUCAAUUGAAUUUUCUAUAUUAAGACAAACAGCAAGCAGAAAGUGUUGUGAACGAGUUUACCUCUAACAUGUACCUACCCAAUUUAACAUAUCUUACAUUGUCCAAUGCGGUUAUUAAAAUAAGCUAGUAUCGCUUUAAGAUGGAAUGAACGUUGAAACAUUAUUAAUUUAAGACAGAAAUUUUAUACAAACUGGUUAUUAAUUUAAUUAAUGUCAUUAAAAUAUAAUAAAUAUUUAUCGUUUAUAUAAA